CAAAUGUCUAGUUUUGUUGUGACUAGAGGACAUCAAGUGCAGAGAAGGAAAUCCUUUCAACACGUUUUUGUAAAAUCACACGCAGGAACAUUUCACGGAACUUUUAGUUGCAUAAAGAAUCCACGAAAUGUUAUUAAAACGCAGAAACUCUCGUCAUUUAGCGCCAACAAGCAAUGACUCUGAAUUUAGGGGCAGAGAGAAAUUUUUCAUUUUGGACUGCGUUGCUGUUGAAAGCAUUGCCCGGGACUACAACAGAUCUCUACCCAGACUGGGCUCGGUUAUUCCGCCUUACAAUGCCCAAGACGACAAAAACGCGAAAGGCUACUUCAGAACAAAACCCGUUCCGCCUUUGCUCCAACAAACCGGCCAGGCAAGAGGCGGAACUUCAGUCCUCGGGCCUCUAGCUGAUCGCUUUGCCAAAGAAAGCGCUGCGGCUCUUUACCUGUCGAGAAGAAACAGCUCCGCCGGAGCAGGUUAUUCUUCAGAACAGGUGGGAGGACAUGGCAAGUUUCUGACUGCUGUCAGGCCUGUGUUCGGUUACAAUGGCCUCUAUGGAUUCAGAAGAAACACGCCUAGUCUCCGCAGACUCCCAUCAGCCUUUGGUGUGACUACCCUGUACCCUCUACAUUAGUAAAAUGCUUGAUCGGCAAAACACAAAGUUGUGUUGACAAGACUAUCUUAUUUUCCAAACAAAGUGGAUCUUUAAAGACAGGGACUCUUAAAUAAGCACUUCAGAAGUUAUCUCCAAACAUUUACUGAUUGUUUCCGUAAAGAUUUAAUGUGAAGUGUGUUGUGGGAAAUUCUUCAUCAGAGGAGCAGGACACAGUCUUGUGCAGGUUCAGUUUUAUUGAGCUCAAUAAGGACAGCAACGCGCACUGGGUCUGCCCCGCAGAACAGACACAAUUCAAGGGGUUCCCAGUGCUUCUAUAGAGUCAGAAAUACAUUUUUCUCACAAUCUGAGUGCUUGUCCUGCUCUUUGGUAUGUAAUUACUUCUUGUCCUGCUCUGUCCUGCUCCAGGUUCUGUCCUUUGAUAUGCAGCAGACAUUGAUUUGCUGUUUCCUGUUUAUUGUAUGUUUGUGGGUGUUGGUCCUGUCUUUUGUUAUGUAGCGUUAAGUUGCUGGGGCUGCUAAAGUAAGUCAGCUUUACUCCAUCUUAGCAGAACUUUUGUUGAAGACUGUCAAGGUUUCUGAAAGUGGUGAGCUGUUGGACUCCUGUGCAAAGCCGUGAGGAAGGGAGUUCGAGCAAAAGUAAAUCCAAUAUUCCAAAUCCAAGUCGUUAGGCAAGAGUGAAGUCAAAAGUCGGAGAACCAGGUCGGGUAGUGAAAGGAGUCAGGUCAAAAAUAGUAGCGCGCACAAGAGGAAGCUGUGGAAGACUUCUCAAUAGUGAGCGUAGGUAAGCCGGUGAAGAGUGUUUACAUAUUGAAGCAAGAGAGACGUGGUUGGAUAAUUAGUUCCUGGAUGACCGUGUGUGGAAUCUAGUACGCGUGGGAAUGUCAGGGCGUUUACAAGAGAAGGUACGAAUAUUGACGAAGGCUAAGUUAAGACCACAGAAACACCUUCCAGAAUGUGGUUAAGUGGUAACAUUGCAGUGCUGGAGAUGUGAGAUAUUUACAUGUCACACUUCAAAGUGUUCAAUGGGAUCCCUUCAUUUGAUUACUAAAAUAAUGGUGAAUACUUUCAGAACUCAAGGUGAACCUAGUACAUAAAACCAUAUCCUCAAUUAAACAUGUAUAUAAAGUUGAAAUGGGAGACAGGGCUUGUAGUUAUGGUACUCUGGCUGUGGUCUUGGAGAGCAAUAGGUUUAUUAACUUUAUUAGUGAAGAUGUGACAUUUAGCAGACAUUUAUAAAUCUUUAAAAAAAUGGGGCUUUCCAUAAACAGGGUAGCAGGCCACUGAAAUAGAUGAGAAUUCACACAAAGUAUUUGUCAGAUGUUCAGGUAUGCUGAUGAAAUGUACAAAUAUGAAAUGAAAUAGAGAACAAAAUAUAGCUAAUCUUUGUUCUAUUUUUUGUUUGGCCUUAUUUAAACUUGUUAUUUCUAACACUAGCACAAUAAAUUAAUACAGCCUGGACGAGACUGAGGAGAUGUGAUUCCAUCUCUGAUAGCGCUGAUGCCUCAUAAUGCUUGGUCCUGGGUUUAAUUCCUGAGAGGGGUGACUCCUCUGUAGACUUUCAUGACCUGACUACUUGGUCAUUAAAUAUCCCAUAGAGGGGAUUUAGGUGGUGGAAUUUGAAUGUGUUCAAGACUGUGCCCUGCCCUCGGUCUCCAAGAAGGAAUUUUGACAACUGUCUGGUCCUUUUGGGAAAGUAUUUGUACCCCCACACUAACUUGAGCACCUGAGAUUGAACAACUGUCUCCCAGCUGCCUGUCUCUUGCCUUGUAGCAGGGUCAUGCGUCUCCCCAUUGGGCAGAAACUGUGGUGGCCUGAUCUAUGGAGGGACUGCAGUAGCAACUGACUUACCACUAGAAGCCGCCAAAGAACCUUUAACAGUUACUGAUUCACAAGGAUUAUUAAUUACCUUGCUUCUAAAUGACUCACAAAGUGAUAUAAUUGGAAAACAGUUUCAUCAGCUUCUAAAUUCCCAUUUACUGAUGUAAUUAACCAAGUCAAGAUAUUGUUUUCAGACAGUGGGAUUGAAAGCUAAUAUAAAAUGUGAAGAAUUGUAGCCAACAUUUCCCUUGAAAUAUUAUAUUGAUGGAAGAAGUACACAGUAAGUUGUAAAUUAAAAUAUCCUUU